CUCUUCUCUUACUCUGACAACCUUGGAACGAUACCCAAUACACCGCAAAACAAUCUCUCGCCAACAGCCCAUCAAACAGAUCGGCACCAUCGCGACGACGGUUUUCGACUUUCUCGGAGCCUACUCAGAUUGAUUUAUUGAAUUCCACAAACCACCACCCAAUCCACCAUCCGCAACAAUGGCUGACGGACGCUACGACCCCGAUGCUCGCUACCCGGGCGAGAAUCCCCAAUCCAGCGAUCCCAGAAUCGCACAGAUCCAGGGAAACAUGCAGAGUACUAUCAAUACCAUGCGCAACAACAUCAACAUGGCCAACGAACGUGGCGAGAACAUUGACAGGCUGCAAGACAAGACGGACAACCUGGCUGUGUCAGCUCAAGGCUUCCGUCGUGGUGCCAACCGGGUCAGGAAGCAGAUGUGGUGGAAGGACAUGAAGAUGCGUAUGUGCAUCAUUGUCGGCAUCAUCAUUCUCAUCCUGAUUAUUGUCCUACCGAUCGUUUUUACGAAACACUAGACUCGGAGGGCAAUAAUGAUACCCCAGCAACUCCGAAAAGGCUGGGCAUGAAUGUACAACCAGUGGACGAGGCUCUCGAUCGUGUCUCUUAGAGAUCUUCCUUUACGCGGAGAUUACGCAACAGCGAUCAAGGACUGGUUGGCAAAUAAAUGCCCUUACUGGCCCAAUGGCAUUGGUACAUGGUGUGCGGGGGAUUUCCCUUGGCGCAUCUUUGAUUUCGGUCGAUCCUUUUACGAACCCAGCAGCGUCUUGAUCAUGAUGGUACGACAGGGGUAGAGAGGCAGUCUCGCUUUUACACACCUCCAGCGGCAGGCUCUUAUGGAAGGUAUAUCAGCACCGUAGGCUGAUAUGUGGUGGUCCGGCCUCGGAUCUGGAUCAGGAGACGACAUAGCUGCAAACCUGCGGCGGUCGAUGCAACAACAUGCGAUCCGGACUGUGUAUGUAUGAUGGAAUGGCAAUUGGCGUUUUGCGAACCACUUAAUCAUAUCUUUUUUUACGAUGACAC